GCUCUGUGAUUCCAGUAAUCCCGGCCCUCCGCGUCAAUCCACUGGGAAUGGUAAACUAGCACAAACACGACCUCACAGAGCCGCGCACGACUGUUUCUCCUCACCGUCCUGACACUUCACUGUUCACUGAGGUCCCGUUAAAGACACGAUCAUCGUACAUCGAAGGCUGACAUCCAUCUGCUGAUGACUGCUAUGGUUUUACUGUAGAGAACGUUUUUGCCGCAGUGGAAAGAAAUUCAACCAGUAUCCAGUAUGCUUCCCUUAAGGCUGAGCUAUAGCCCAGGGCGGCUCAUCUGUUUCCUUGUGGGCUUCUUUGUGUUGCGAGCUCAUGCCAAAGAUGCAGUUUUGACUGUUCCAGAGCAAGUGAGCCUUUCACCUAACAUGUACACGCAACAGCUAUCGAUAUCCUGGGUGGGGACUGGAGCCUCCGCCUUUGACAUCAUGAUACUUCGGACUGAACUCAAUGAAACGGUUUUCCAUGAGACAGUGUCUUCUUCCGCGGACUCAGUGACUGGACGACACAUGUGGAACUGGACCUCACUUGAGCCUUUGGAAUGCACCUCUCUGUCUGUCCGAAUAUGCUCUCGAGAUGGUGCAAGGACAAGUGAAUGGAGCAACACUCAGAUUCUUCGAGGUAUGGACCUGCCCAGUAAUGACAGGUUCCAGAUGUUCCCCCAGGACAGAAUUGUACCUGUUGGGAUCAAUACCACCUUUUGCUGCAUUGUGGAAGAAGGAAAAGAAUUUGGAUCCCUCCGUUACGGCAACAUGGUUAUGAACACCUCUCGCCUGAGUAGACGUAGUUACGCCUCAACUGCAUUUCUCCAAAGAGCAUCGGCCAGAACAGGAACUAACGUUGUCUGUAAUGACAAAUUGAAGUCGAAAAUUACGGGAGCUGUCAUUUUUGUUGGAUAUCCACCUCAACCCAGUGACUUGGUGUGCGAGACGCGUGACUUGAUCUCUGUAGUUUGCCAGUGGAAUGUUGGAAGAGACACGCACUUGUACGGAAGACGCAGGACAAACUACACCUUGAACAAAAGAUUGUGCAACAGUUCCAGUCAUCAAGCAAAGCUGAGAAUCUGUACCCUGGAUAACUGGGAGGGUAACUGGACUUUGGAAGCAGUCAAUCCUCUCGGCAAGUCUGUGUUGACAGACUCUGCUGAAAUCAGCAGCCGAAUAAAUCCUGUUGCUCCCAUUUCGCUGACCUCCAUCAACAAAUCUUGGAAUGCAACUGUGUUGUGGGGUUGGGAGCACAGCACCUACCUGACUUUAGCUCUUGUUUGCCAAGUGCAGCUGAACAAGUCAAUGCAAACCUUUAGUGGCGUUGGCCUGCAGUCUGCAUUUCUCCCCAACUUGUAUCCAGAUAAAACGUAUGUGGUCCAAGUGCGCUGUGGAGCCCAGAAGAACUUUUGGAAAUGGGGAAACUGGAGCCAGCCGUAUUCUUUCAAAACACAACCUGAUGCUCCAGUGGCUCCUGAUGCAUGGCAGUAUGUCAACACUGAUGGCUCAGGGACGAUCAUGUGGAAGCCAACCUCUGAUCAAGACAGUCGUGGUCAGAUUACUGGUUAUGACGUGACCCUCUGGAGCCCAGAGCAGCAGUCCCAGUAUCUUGAAAUCCCCCCAACAAAAACUUCUGUCCGUGUGAGCUUGACGGAGUUUAACUGCAGCAAGGUCAUUGCAAAUGUAGUUGCUAAAAAUAUUGCUGGAGAGUCACCACCUGCUCGUGUGGUUAUACCGCUGCAGGUUGCAGAUCGCAAACUCAUGACUGUAUCCAAGGCAGUUUACAUGGACGGAGGAUUUCCCCUACUCUGGUUGAAUGACACUAACAGCAGCUGUGGUUAUGUAGUCGAGUGGUACGACUCACUCUGCCAGCUGGACUGCCCACUGGAGUGGAUGAAGGUGACCACUGGGACAACUAAUGUUUCUCUGGUAUCAGCAAACUUUCAGCCAGGUGUGAAGUACAACAUUGCCCUGUACAGCUGCUCCUCAGAGAUGUUGCAGCGCUGGCAGGGAUACUCUCAAGAACUAGCCCCCUCUAGCCCCGUACCCCAGUUGGUCACCACUCAGCAGGACUCUGAUAUCAUCCUGACCUGGGGGCAGAUUCCCGUGGUAAACAGAAGAGGCUACCUCCUUGGUUACAAUGUUUAUAUCAGUGAUGGCCCCCAACUGGAACUGCUUGCCAACAUUCCGAACGCUGAUAUCAGGAAGUACACCGUGAAGGGUUUGUCCCUGGGAUCCUAUAAAUUUACCGUCAAGGCCUACACUGCAGCAGGCGAAGACUCGGGAGCCACUAGCUCCAUUUCACCGACGUCAUACACUGAUUGGCUGAUUCUGGAGAUCUUGGCCUCCCUGGGAACCACUGCUCUGUUCCUGGCAGUCAUCACAUUGAUAUGUUACAAGAAACGAAAAUGGGUGAAGAAAACGUUUUACCCCGACAUUCCAGAGCCCAAGCUGCCCGGAGACUGGUCCAGCACACAGCAGGGACCUUUGGAUGUGAAGCCCUCACCUCACAGUUUAGUCCAUGUGGUUCACAAGCCCGAAUGGGAUUCAAGUAAAGAAGUCCUUGUUGUCAUUCCUGAAGAGGACGAGGAAGACGAAGUGCCUGAUGACACGGAUGAGGCCACGUCUUUACGUUAUUACAACCAAGUGGUAGACGAACGCCCCAUAAGGCCCCGUUACCCAGAUUCUUCGGAAUCCUCUGCAUCUUCUUUGGAUUCCGCGAGCACAGAUGUGACUUAUACUGGGAUCCAGACCACAGGAUCCUCACUGGUCUUCCCACUUGAUCCGCAAGACUCCACUGAGGGCCUGCGCACGCAGGGAGACCUGCCAGUGGGAGGCGGGGAUGCAGACGGAGGCUACCGUCCUCAGAUGCAUCCCCAGCUUCAAAGUGAAGACUUCAGUCAAGCUCCAGAUGCUUCUGCCAUGGAGUUGGAAGCUGACGGCCCUUCUGGUUACAAACCUCAAGUGAACUGGAGUCUGGACUCUCCAGGGGAAGCUGCUGAGAACCGGGAUGCAGCACCAUGUCUGGGAUCGCCCACGUCCGUGGCGUCCACUCAGUUCCUCCUUCAUGACGGCGAAUCUGAGGAACAUGCAGAUGAGAAACGACACCAAACGUCGUCAGCAGCCUCCUGGUUCACCAAUCUCAUCUCGUCUACUAAACCAUGAGGUCAUUUCUCUCUAUAAGCUGCAAGGCUGUGGGGGUUGAAAAAAAUAGCUGAGCUUCUGUUACUAGUCACCCCAUCAAGCCAAAUCUAAAUCAUGAAUUCCAUAAAAUGACAGCACCGUGGAAGCAGGAACCCUAGGUGUCUAAGAUCCUUCAAGUUUUUACUCAUUCAAUACUUGGAUUCAUCAAUGGAUUCACAGAUUUAUUUAGAACCAUUUACCUCUGCCUACUGGUUACAUUGCUGCUGAUGGUAGGUAGCUUCACAGUUUUUGGAAAAUGGGAAGUUAAGCAGUGAUUGACGCUCAUAGGUCAUAAACAUUAACUGGUCGAAAACUGAAAAUUGAAAGCUAUUUCAAGACUCACAUUUCAACAGGAACAUAACUUUGUGAAUAUAGGAUUUAAUGAGGGUGGUAGCUGAAACUAUUUUUGUUGGUGCUGAACAAAGAUGGAAGCAGAAAGCUGCAUUGUUUUGAUUCCAUUACUGUUGAACGACUUGGGUCAAUGCUGCACUUUUAAUGAGGUCAACACUUCUCAGUAGCAGUGAGUCAGUAAACUGAUUUAAGCUAUGAGAGGUUAUGAGUGAGUAUAACUACAUACAGUUUUUAAUUCUGCCUAUAUUUUUAUUUUGCAAUAUUUUUAAAGUUGUUUUAUAAGUCAAAUUGUGAGUAAGAAUUAUUCCAUGAAAUUCCUGUACAUUUUAUUACUAUACAUGUCGAAAUGUGAUUUGUGCUUCCAUAUAUUGGCACCGCAUCCCAUCUCACAAUGUCUUGUUGUUGACUGUUGAACUGGACAUGAAACUUGUUACUUACACUGAAACACUACAUAUAUCAUGAUCACAUGGGGUUGAGUAUGAGUCUUAUCACCAAAUAAGCCAGUUAAACUUCCACACAGAUCUAAUUAGCCAGGUUCGUAUUGUGCUUUAAUAUAUCUCACUGACACGUUGUGUCUGUAAACAUGGUACAAGUAGCUUUUGAGGAUUUAAGAGAUUUAGAGUUGUUCCCAAAGCUACUAAGCUUUCUGUUGCAAUUUAAAGCCGAUGAACCUAAAAUAUUUUGAUCAAUAACCCAACAGCCGCACAACAUUACAGAUUAUUCCAUCUUGUGGAUGUUGUUGUUGUCAUUAUUUUUUUGUUAGUGCCUCUGCAAUACAAGUGUUUGGAGAAACUACUGUGAAUGAAGAUGGUUUUACUAGCCACCUGUUAAUAUGCAGCUGUCAUGGACUACUGAUGUAUUCCUGUUGUUGUUAUCAUUGACAUGUAUGUUUGUGGUCAGUGUUUUGCGUGGCAAUAUCUCAUAUUUUGAGUAUUAACUUAGUUUCCUUUUGAGCUCACUAUGUCUGUUAUGUUGGGCUUUCGAGACUAACCUAUGAACGCUAUGUGUUACAUGCUUUUAUGUUGAUUUGAAUCAACAAAUGUUCAUUUUGUUUGAGAAAUUUUCAUCAUGUCAAUACAUUUCACUGCCUUAUUGUCUUUAAAGAAUUAAAGUAGCUCGCCGUACCUGUUACUAUACUAAUUGCAACGGUGAUAAAGAGAUUGGUUAAUGACUAGAGACGUGGUUGUGUAAAGCAGUGGCAUCUAUUAAGUAGCAUUGUGAUUUUUGUCUUCCUGAAGUAGCUUCGUCUGCUUUCUACUACUACUAUGCUAUUGCUGCUUUUUAGUGCAUUGUAAGUUGAUCAUAGUAAAACUAUAUGCCCUGACCUUUUGUGUUUGAAUAGUAGUUUUCUAGAAUUGGUUUUACGGCAGGUUACACUUGCUGCCUUACACCUGUCUGUAAUUCUAAACUGAAUGUAUAAAAUACAUCCCAUAAAGAGUUCCAAACCUCGAUGGCUUUAUGAAACUAACACUAAGACUUUUGCAUGACCAGCUGGCUGUAAGUAUGCUGCACCAGACAAGGCUUUUAUUUCCGGAAAAGGCUUUAAAGAUUUGUGGAGGUUUUAUUUUUUGAUGGAAAGAUUCAAGAACCCUAGUGAAAGGGAAGAAUUUUAUGUUAAAACCAAUAACUCAAACUGAAAUGCUACCUGUUUUAAAGACAAUAAAAGUAUUUG